AGCACCAGCUGAGUAUGGGCAGGCAGCUGUAGGUCAGGGCUGUGGGGCUGCCCCACAUGCUCACAAGGAGCUGGAGCAGUGUUGAGCCCUUCAAGGCAAGCUGCAGCUCAGCAUGGUGUGGCACAUCUGUGGUAGAGCAGCAUUGCCUGUGGCACCAUGCAACACAGCAUGGCACAGCACACAUGGCAUGAGGCUUUGUCCCAUAAAGGCUCUGUGUGCUGUGGAUGCUCUGUGCCCUGGCUUUUGCUGCCUGAACAAGACUGAAGUCAGCGGGGAAAUGCUAUUUCCACACAGUGACAGAAACGGGGCAAAUUCAAUUGUGUUGUGGAAGCAGGGGGUUCAGCAGCCCUGCUCACAGGACUGUUGGUGCUGUGCCUGCUCCCAUCACCCAUGACUGUGACCCGCUGGUGGAGCAAGUCGUCAUGGAAACUGAUGAUUUCUGCUAUGGUACAUCUGCGUUCACCUUCUAGGCCCAGUUCAGCCUUGGAAAUUUCCAGUUAAAACACCUGUGAGACUGCACUGAGUGUUGGCAAGGGAUCACACACAGCCCAGGGAGUCCCAUGCCACCAGCACAGGUCAGCGGCAGGUCUGUGCUCACACCAUCACUGUGCAUCCUCAGUCAAGGCACCACUGGCUCCCAGAGGCCCGUGUCACUGACACAAGUACCCGCACACUGAGGGCUGGCUCCAGGCAGUGGGACAACCAGACACAUGCACUCAGCCUCUCCUGUCCACACUCAGCCUCGCCUGGAUACAUUCAACCUCCCCAAGGGCCUGUAGCCCAUGGCCCUAUCAGGAUGUGCCCCUGCAGCAGGUCCCCAAAGCUCUUUCCAUUGUGUGGGUGGCAGACUGCAGGGCACAGCCCUGAGUACAGCACUGCUGCUAUCCCCACUGUCACCUGGCCCUGGCUACAGCCCAGCACUGUGCUCUGGGGCUGGCUACAGACUGAGUAUGGCCUGAGGACAGUGCAGGGGCAGCAUGAGUGUGGCAAGGCCCUGCCCUGAUAUAGGGGUGCUGCCAUGUUCUGAACCAGUUCUGAAGAUGAUGCCCAGGACCUUGUGAUGUCAUAGUGGCACAUGGGGUAGUGUCACACAGCAAUGCCAGGGAUACAGGAUGGUGAGGAGCAUGGCACAGGAAGGCAGCAGUGAUGACUGUGGGCAGCAGUAGGACCAGGUGCUGCUGAGGAGAGGGUCACAGCCUCGCACAGCUCUGCCCUGCUUUUACAGGAGCCCCAGGCUAGGCCUCUCCUGCUGGCAUCAGGUGCUCCUCAGACAGGGAGUGGCAGUGCCAACACCAUGGGACGGUGGGGCUGCCCCAGGCAGGGCUGAGUGACAUCUGUGAGACUAAGGGUUGUCUGAGGCUGUGGGAAAGUUUAUGGUACUUCCAACAGUGAGAGAAUGGCCAAAAUUUGGCACAUCCAGGGAGGUUCUUGCACCUCAGGAUCAGCCUGAAGGCUCCUGUAGAGGUCUACCAGGGGCAAAGGAGACAACACCAGAGCUGACCAGCUCCAUCUAGCAGCUUCAGCAGGAGACAGACACCUGGCAGCCCAAGGGCCAAAGGCAGACAUUGGUGCUGGAGCCACAGCAUGGGGAGCCCAGAGCAGGGCUGCCAGGACAUGCAGCAGGAAGACCUGGAUCCAGCUCAGGUGCUGGUCACAAUACAGGCAUUGCAGCUGGACCUGGACUUCUGCAGGGGCACAAACCACAAACAACUGGUCCAGCUGCAGGAGCAGGAGUGUGCAGUGGAGCAGGAGCACCAGGACUUGGUCAUUCUGAUGCAGCAGUUCCAGGCACUGAUGGGCAAGGUCAGUGGUACACCCCUCCACCUGAAGGACCAGGCAGUGCAGACAGAGGUCACCUCCUACUUGGCUGUCCACAGUGAUUUUGACACCAGCCACGAUAUCCCACAGGAGAAGCUGCUCAAGCAGCUGCAGGCACAGGAGCAGAGCCAGGGCCUGCAGCACAGCCCAGCCCGGCUGCAGGAGCAGCUGGGAGUCACCCAGGCCCAGGAGAAGCAGAGUCUGCAGCAGCUGAGCAGAGCCAAAGAGGCCAUCCAAGGCCUACACCAAAAAGUGGCAGAGCUGCAGCAACAGCUUUGCUGGCAGGUGCAGGACAUGGAGAACCUCCAGGCAGAGCUGGCCCAAGUCCGGCAAGAAAGCACCAAGCAGGCAGAAAAGAUUGCAGCCUACAAGAUACACAGGCAGAAGCUUCAUCAGGAGCUGAGGAAAAUGCAGAGCUUCAAGAAGCAGAGCAAACAGAAGACCUACUCUCUCCAGGAGAGGCUGCAGCAGCUGACCAGCCUAGUCCAACACUGGCAGCAGCUACACCUGGACAGUGAACGAACUCUGGCUCUGCGAGAAGAGGAGCUGGUUGUCUGCAAGGUGGAGCUGGCUUUCCUUAAGGAAGAGUUCAACAAGGUGACAGAGCAGGUGCAGGACACAAACAGGCAUUCAAGGCACACUAGGCAAGAUGCAGGAGGAGAACCCGUUCCUAAUGUUCAGAACACCUGAGCAAUCACACAAGUGUGAGCAGCUGAAAAAUUCUACAGGGCAACAACCUGACAGCACCAGCCCUGCAUGAUUCUGCAGAGCUACCUCCACCCAACACCCACCUCCAGGACAAGAAGCAGUGUGAAACAAAGCAAAGAUUAGACAGACAACCUUUAAACAAAUAAAAUUCUUUCUGUUUUGUAGCAAAAUUAGUGCCAAACAGGCACUAAAAUUAAAGCCUUUCAGGGCCACAA